CUUUUUAUCAAACGCACAUGUUAACCGACGUUUGAAAUGCGAUGACACCACUACACACAAAGCAGCUCAAUGUAGUCAACGGUUUAACCAUGAACUGUCAAAACACGUGCCUGCGUCGUAAACAGCAACAGCAGCAGCGCAACAUCUUCUCUGUGGGGAAAUAACUCUUCUUGAGGUUGAAUAUUGUGGUUGGAGGUGAAAUACAGCUGAUCAAGCCAUUGUUGACAGAUCUCUUCAAAGCUCUCGACGCACACCGAAGAAGUAUUCUACGCAAACUACGCAGCUCGCUGAUCCUGUUUCCCCUCCAAAAUGGCUUCCUCUUCCGCUGAACCCAAACUAUACAACUUCAUCGCGCGUUUGAUCAGCGAAACAAACCUGUUGCUGAUCUCCGAGCACAAAGUGAUCGUUGGCAGUGCAGCACGUCAAGCGGGUGUAGACUUUCAGGUGCCCGCCAACGAACAGAUUGCCCCCAAACACUUUAUCAUCCAUUACUGGAAUAACGAGUUUUGGUUAGUUUGUCUGAGCAGAAAUAGUUUGUACAUGGAUGGAAGGCUACUGGCGAAAAAUGUCCUUCAACACAAGCUACCAAAGUCUUGCUUUUUUCGAUUUCCAGGCACCGAUGUUAAGCUGCGCUUUGAAAAUCUCAUUGGUAAAGUUCCAAACAUUGGUUUGCAGACGGCACGCCAUCGGCUGCCCUCUUUCGUGUCGGAGAUGCUGUUGGGACGCGGCGAGACGCGAAGCUCUAAUUUGUACUAAUUUGUAGUGGCGAGACAGGCGCAUGGCUGGAUCGAAUCAUCACCACCAAUAUUGUCCGAUCUCGUGCAUAAGGAGGACGAUCAGCAUUCUAACUUGCAAAAUCUUGUUGGACAAGGAACGUAUUUCAACACGAAGCUACCCACAACAAGUUUGGAAAUGCUCUUGAAGGAGUCUUAUCCAUAAUUAUGAACAAGUUCCUGUAGGACAGGAUGCGGUAUAGCACAGCUAAAACUAUUCGCUAUAAGUUCACGGUUAAUAUAUCCAUCGACAUCAGUUCCUGUAGUUAUUAAGCUUUGGUUUCGGGUUUAGUGUGUAUUCUUUCCAGUUGAAAUAGAUAAAAGUAAUUCAAUAAAACAUUUGCUACGGAUGAUA